CAAAAAUUGUACCCAUGUUACAAAAUGUACAACUUUAUCAGCUUGAAUUAAUGCAGCGGCUACCACCUCGAUGGCCGCCACCCGUGCCGCAGACUGCGCCAUGGGGGCGUCCAGCGUUUGUGCCUCCACUCCCGCCACCUCCGCGAGGAUUUCCAGCCCCUCCACGAUUCUAUCCGCAGCCUCCACGCCCUGCAACAGGCUUCUACCCCCGCGUGCCUCCCCGCCCGCUGGUUGACCCAGAGCAACUGUGGCUGGACUCGUUUAGAAGGACACAUUGCAGCUCAGAAGAGAAGUUUGAACGUGCUACUAAGGUAAAUGCUGAACCUCCGUUGAGGCUGCUACGACGUCGCGUUGUGCAGGCUCAGAAGCUGACGGAGCAGUUGAAAAAAGAGGUAAUGGAGUUAGCUGCAGUCGAGAAGCGACUUGAGGAUGCAGCGUCAAGUGUGGAAGCCCCGAGGCUACGCGUACAACGAGAGCGGAAAAUAGCCGCGUGUGAAGCGUUGAAGACACAACUGGAAGCGAUGCAAGCGACAUCGGGACUCUUCUCAGUGAAACAGCUUGCUGAAAUUCGAGCGUUUGCUGCGAGAGUCGACAAGAAGAAGGUGCGCUGAAAUUCGACUUAUCAUAUUUUAGGCUGUACUUAGUGAAGCUGUUAAAUUGGUCAGGCUUAUCGAAAGCGAGCCAAGCUGCGGCGUCGUGCUGAAAUGAGCAUACGUCGAGCUGCAAACGCAAAAAUACCAGAGAAAGUGGAAUCAAUUGAUACCGACAAAACGGCUAGUGAAGAAGAGUCAAAAACCGAAAGGCAAGAUGCAGAAGAGGCUGCAGAUGCAGUUUAUCAAGAGGGGAAGACCGUAAUUCCGUCAUUAACGCCCGAUAGCGGAUGUCCGGAGCAGUCUCUCGAUCCAGAGACGUUGACGCUUGACUCUUUGAUCCAAGUCCGACGAGCUUGGGACUCGUACAUUGUUUUCCCACAGACACCAGGAGCUUCUACCAUCCCUCCA